CCUGCCUGCCUCCCUCAGAUAUUUUCUCCUUUUCUCUUGCAAAAUCCGAAAAUGUGGCUACAUACAGAAUCAAAAGAUUCUAUUUGCUGAAUGGGGGUAACAUCAUCAAUUACUCACUCCAUCACGUUGACAAUUUCUCUACCAGUCUAUCUAACUAUAACUACGCUACCUACCCACCUUCUUCUUCUUCAUCUCUGUGUAUUCUGAGAAAGGAAGAGAGGUAUGAAGGAACAGAGCAUGGAGGAUCCACUUUUGUCCAAUUAUGAUCUCGGAGAAAUUAAGAAGAGGAAGAACAGAACCCGAGCUUUGUGUUCCCUUUUUGUUUUUCUCUGCAUCUCAAUUGUAGGCCUAGUUUUCAAAGAUGAUUUGAGUUUCUUGGUAGUGAGAGGAAACCAGUACGGUCAAAGGAUUGGGGUUGGUGAUUCAGACAUUGUUGAGUCAGACCGAGGUGUGGUGGCUGCGGAUGAUGGUCGGUGUUCUGAAAUUGGUGCGUCAAUCCUUAGAAAAGGAGGGCAUGCGGUGGAUGCUGCAGUGGCAACUGCACUUUGUGUUGGAGUUGUUAAUCCAAUGGCGAGCGGAAUUGGAGGUGGAGCAUUCAUGAUUGUCAGGUCUUCAUCUACUUCACAGACAGAGGCUUAUGACAUGAGAGAAACUGCUCCCUUAGCUGCAUCACAGGACAUGUAUGAGAAUGAUCUCCAAGCCAAGUACAAAGGGGCAUUGUCAAUGGCAGUUCCCGGGGAGAUUGCUGGCCUUCGUCAGGCUUGGUUGAAGCACGGGCGUUUAGCAUGGAGGAUUUUAUUUGAACCUGCUAUAAAACUUGCUAAAGAGGGUUUUGUGGUUGCCCCAUAUCUUGGAUUAAGCAUAGCUGCAUCUGCAGAGGCUAUCUUGAAGGACCCUGGCUUGAGGCAAUUGUUUGCCCCAAAUGGGAAGUUGUUGCAGGCUGGUGAUACAUGCUACAAUGUGGAGCUAGCCAGGAGCCUGGAGGCAGUAGCAGAAGAGGGGCCAGAAGCCUUUUAUAAUGGAAAAGUUGGGGAGAAAUUGGUGAAGGAUGUGAGGGAGGCAGGUGGGAUUUUGACAAUGGAGGAUUUGAGGAAUUACAAGGUGGAAGUGAUGGAUGCAAUGGCUGCAAAUGUGAUGGGCUAUACUAUCUAUGGAAUGCCACCUCCUUCCAGUGGAACCGUUGGCCUAUCUCUGGUUAUGAACAUCUUAGACAGCUAUGAAAGUUCUGAUGCUGCAAAGGGAAAUCUCGGUCUGCAUCGCUUGAUUGAAGCAAUGAAACACAUGUUUGCCAUAAGAAUGAACUUGGGUGACCCUGAUUUUGUAGAUGUGAAAGAAUCUAUAUCCAAAAUGCUUUCUCCUUCUUAUGCAAAGGAAAUCCAGCAAAAGAUACUUGACAACACCACUUUCCCUUCAGAUUACUACAUGUAUAGGUGGAGUCAGCUCAGAGAUCAUGGAACAAGCCAUUUCUGCAUUGUAGACACUGAUCGAAAUGCUGUGUCAAUUACAACAACUGUAAAUUAUCCAUUUGGAGCUGAGGUACUUUCUCCUUCUACUGGCAUUGUGCUCAACAAUGAGAUGGGUGACUUCUCUUCACCAACAGAGAUAUCUCCUGACUUGCUCCCUCCAGCUCCGGCAAAUUUCAUUCAACCAAACAAGAGGCCCCUAUCUUCAAUGACACCCCUCAUUAUCACCAAGGAUGAUCAACUCGUCGGAGCAAUUGGUGGUAGUGGAGGAUUGAGCAUUAUCCCAGCAGUGAUUCAGGUUUUCCUGAAUCAUUUUGUCCUGGGGAUGGAACCUUUGGCCGCAGUUCAGAAACCAAGAGUUUACCACAGGCUGAUACCGAAUGUGGUUCGGUACGAGAACUGGACUGUAAUAGAUGGCAACCACAUCGAGCUCGCCAAAGAAACUAGGGUUUUCUUGGAGGAGAUAGGUCAUCAACUGGAAGCCAGAGCAUCAGGGGCAAUUGUCCAGCUUGUUGUUCAGACCCUUCAAAACGCCAUGGACACCAGUCGAAGAUUUGGAAAAGAUUCCGGUGGCAAAAUAUUCCACGGAACACUGACGGCUGUGAGCGACCCAAGAAAGGACGGGAAGCCAGCUGCAGUUUGAUCCCCUUGGUUGCACUAAACCUGAACUGGAAGUCUUAAACAUUCCAAGGAAAAGAGAAUAAUUUCCAGAGCAUAUUCAAUGGAGAUGGAAAACAGUACCUUAGGAGACAUUUAAUAUUCUGUUUAUAAACAUUAUUUUGUAAUAUAUCAAUUGUUCAUCAAUGAUACAGCCGUUUGACAUCAUGCAACAUGUAAAUCUGAUUUAAGGACAAAGAGCAUGAUGCAAACAGAUGAUUCAGAAACAUUAGUUCUCACGAGGUCCUUGUUUACACCUAAUUUUACAACAAAUAAAGUGGUGCUACGUGU